AUGGAAACCUCAUCUUCAUCAAAAACCAAGCGUGGUUCUUAUUAUAAAGCUGAUGACUUGAAAUAUGGUGGCAUCAUGUACUUGCAUUUGGCUGAAAUCGGUCCGACCAAGAUCUCAGCCAUAGUCCAGAUGAAGUUGUCAACUGUGAAGAAGAUCAUUAAGAGAUUCCAGAAUACAGGCUCACCUUUGCCUGGAAAGAGCCCUGACCGACCUAAAAUAGUUAACGAGAGGAAAGAAAGGCACCUUGUACAGAUUGUUCGUCAUGUUUUUUGGCAUGAUAAAUUUAUUCGCGGAGGUCCAAACAUUCUUUUUGACAAAGAAUUGGAGCGUUUGACUUAUGAAAGUAAAGAUAUGCAGUGGUCCUUAGGCACUCAGUCACCCCCAUUGGUCUUGAAAUUAUCGAGGGACCACUGUGCACUGUGGUUACAAAAGGCGUUUUAA